AGUACUACUUCACAGGACGACAUCGAAAUAUCACAGGCCAUGGAUCUAACAACAAUGGGUGCUCUCUGUGAGCUAAUCCCUCAAGAUCGAAAGGAUUUUUUUCAACGAACCGUCGAUAUCCUUGAUGAUACAUACCCGGACGGCUGGCGUUCAUGGGGGGUGAAAAAUGUAUCCUAUUCAGACCUCUUCGGAAAAUCAAUCUCACCGGCUGUUGAAGCAAAAUUACGCUUCGCCGUCCCUACCGCAAGGCUAGCUCUGGCAUACUCACCGGAUGACUGUUCCCUCUCCGAGAAAAAAUACCGCAUAAUCAAAAGGAUGAUGCUUCAGUGGCCACUAGGACGAGCGCUUCUGUACGCUCCGCACAAAAUUAUGGAGGAAAUUCAUCAAGAGUCGUAUGAUGUCUUCAUGCAUACAGUAAAAACACUGAAACCCCAGCUUACCUCUGUAAGAGGGAACUCCCCAAGAAAACGGAGCUCGUUGUCACCUCAACCUGGCUGCUCGUCGGCUGCCAAAACACCUCGCCGCGAAUCAGAUCCCAGUGAUCCCCAACUACAGCAGUCAUUUUUUGAAAAAAUGGUAGACCUUCUCGCAAAUCAGACUCAGGCAAUCGAAGGCAUUGCCGCUCAGAUUUCUACCCUAUCGUCAAGAAGCGAGCAAAGUAUCGCGGAUGAAUCCGAAUCAGAUGCCGAAAGCACACUUUCUGAUACAAAUUUUUCGGCACCGUCGCUUAACGUUAUCCCAAAAAGUGCCGUUGACGCCGAAGACACACAGGAAGCACUGCUGACAACACAAAUUGCAGAAGCUGAAAAAAAGCUAGCAGCAUUAAAAGCAGCUAGCAGUGUCGAAAAUUUAUUCAAUUAUGACUUCACACCAUCAACAGUUGAAGCAGAACCAAAAUUAGCAAAGGCUGACCAUCGGCUAGUCGAACAGGGGCGUAGAUGCCAACGACUUAAUGACGAGGGUUGGAAAAAUGUACGCUACGCCGAAGUACAAAAAACGUUCCACGCUACCCCAGUAUUUGGAGCACUCAAGGUUAACAACCUCCUGGCUACAUCAACGCCUUCGUGGAACUCAACUGCACAAUUAGAAAAAACAGAUCUCACUUUAGGUGCAAUAACACACGGAUUGCUCCUACAGAGGAAAGCGUUCCAAGAGAUCUGUAAAACAUUAGAUGCAAAGGCUCAACAGGAUAUACAGAAGCACCUCCUGGCUCCCGACAGCACUUUUCGGAAAAUCUCCGAUGGUCUCCUUCAGUACACAUGUGGCCGGAGGGCCGAAAUAAUUCAGCUGCGACGGGAGAUUUACAAAUCACCGAACAAGAUUCUUAACGAGAUAUUACAUGACAUCCCGCCUUCAGAUACACACCUCUUCGAUGACGAAAAACUAUCAGAAGUGGUAAAACAGGAACUGCGCUGGUGGCUUCAAAAUUUGACAAAAACGUCGACAAUACAAACUGCCCCACCAUCAGCCUUCGUAGCCACCGAUGCCUCGGACAUCGGCUGGGGCGCAAUAGUGGACAACAAACAUCUGUCAGGUUGCUGGAACAGCUCUCAGGUACAUUGGCACUGCAAUCGAAAAGAGCUUUGGACACUAUUAGAAGUACUGCAAAGAGAGUCGGAACAACUCCGAGGGAAAACCAUUUUGUUUCAAACAGACAACCGGACUGCAGCCUCGUAUAUACGAAAACAAGGUGGUACAAAAUCCAUGACUCUCCUGAACAUCGCAACCAAAAUUUUGAACUUAGCCCUACUGCACGAGAUCACAAUAGUACCAAAGUAUCUACCGGGCAGGUACAACGGUCUUGCCGACAGUUUAUCCAGACUGAAAACUCAACAGGAGUGGCACCUCGAUUCAAUGACCCAGCAAGCAAUUUUCCAAAGGAUGGGGCUUCCGACAAUCGACCUGUUUGCGACAAACGCGUCCGCAGUAGUCCCCAGAUACGUAAGCGAGGACCAGAAAGACACCAUGAGCGAGUUCACGGACGCACUCAGCAGACCGUGGAAUUACGACCUGGGUUGGGUUUUUCCCCCCCCGGCUCUAAUUCCUCGAGUACUGCAACACCUGAAUGCUUCCCUCGGCCACUAUAUACUAAUAGCACCGAAAUGGGAGAAAGCAUUCUGGAGAGCAGAGGUGAAAAAGCGUGCAGUACGAGCACCUUACCAGAUCCGGAAUCUCAAAGCUCAUCUGAUAGAUCUUCGAACCAACCUACCACCUCGCAACGUACAGAACAUGUGUUUAGAGGCCUGGCGAAUACGGGCUGGUCCGACGAAAUAA